GUCGACAACAACAUCGUCUUCAACCUUGACAAUUCCAACACAAACAAACAAAACCAAAACCAAACCAAAAUUCUUCAUUCCACUAAUAAUAAUUCACUAAAAACACAUGAAUUUCUUCAAAUCCAUCUUAUCUGAUGACCCUGAUCCACAAGAUCCCAAUAUACCUGAAAAAGAUGUAGCAGAAGUUGACCCGGAUCAUGAAAAACCCGAUUCAACAACAGGAUCCGAUGAUGUUUGGAGCAGUUUUGGCGGUAUAUUCAAGACUCUGUCGACCCGAUCCGAAUCAGUACUCGAAACAUACCGUAAAGAUUUACAAGAAUUCGGAUCCGGGUUGAAAAAAGAAACCGAAUUGUUACGUGAAGUAGCUAGCCGUGAGGUUGGUAAUACCGUUAGCCACGUCAUCAAAUCAACAACUGAGAUUAUAUCACAAGGUAAAGACACCCUUUUAGCUCCUGAUGAUAAUGAUGUUGUUGAACCCGAAACCCCUGAUUCGGGUCGGGUCAACCCGACCCGUUACAGUCGGUUUGAGUCCCAGUUGGUGAGUAUUCAAUCUGACCCGAAUACGUUUUGUGUGGGGCCUGAGGAUUUAGGGGAGUAUGAGAAGUGGAAAAGUGGAUUUGAUUUGAAGGAAAAGAGUAAGGAAGUUGAGUUGUUGAUUGGUGAAAAUGGGUGUUUGGAAAGUAUGUAUAAAAGGGUUGUGCCUAAUGAAGUUGAUAAUGAGAGUUUUUGGUUUCGUUAUUUUUAUAAAGUGGAGAAACUUAAGCAACAAGAGAGUGUUAGAGCUAAACUUGUUAAGAGAGCGAUAUCGAUAGAUGAUGAUGAUGAAGAAUUGUCUUGGGAUGUCGACGACGAUGAUGAUGAACAAGAGAGUAAUGUUAAAUCGAAAGUUGAUGGGAAGGGGAAAGAGGGUUCUGUUAUUGAAAGCUCUGUCGAUGAUGUAAAGAAAAUGGGUUCUGAUGAGAAUCGAGAUUCGAUUAAUGUUGCAAAGGAAGUGGCUACUGAUGAAAGCGAAUCGAGCAAGCAAGAUUCGACCAAUGUUGCAAAGGAAGAGGAUUCGACCAACGUUGCAAAGGAAGUGGCUGCUGGUAAAAGUGAAUCGAGCAAGGAGGAUUCAACCAACGUUGCAAAGGAAGUGGCUACUAAUAAAAGUGAACCAAGCAAGGUGGAUUCGAACAGCGUUGCAAAAGAAGUGCCUACUAAUAAAAGUGAACCAAGCAAGGAGGAUUCGACUAAUGUUGUAAAACAGGCCACUCCAAGUGAUGAAUCACAAACUUUAAGUUCAGCUGCUGUUGAUAAGAAAGAAGAGGAUCAGUCUAAUAGCAAAGAUAGUAAGAAAGAAGACACUGAAGUUACUUCUCUAAGUAAAAAGGAGGAAGGGGUUGUAAAAGGUUCGGAGGGGAAAGGCGAUAAUGAUGAAUCUAGCAAAGAUGGUAAUGUCGUUAUUGCUUCAAGUCAAAAGACAGGGGCUGAUGAGGACGACUUGGAUUGGGCUGAAAUUGAAGACAUUGAGGGUAAUGAUGACAAAAAGGCAGCAACUUCUCAUGUUGCAAGUUCCAAUAGAGCUGAUUUGAGGAAGAGGCUUAGUGUUGAAGAGGAUGAUGAGGAUUUGAGUUGGGAUAUUGAAGAUGAUGAUUAGCCUGUGAAAGCUUAGAUUCUCAAUCAAACUUAAGAUAUGCAGAAAUCUGGAUGCCAAUUGUCAAAGCAGUCAAACGUACAACAGAACUAAAGAAUUAAACUUUAAAGCUUGAAACCUAGUAAAGUAAGAUAACAUUUAUUGUCUCAGGCAGUUUGUUUAAUUGUGCUUCAUGAUUUUCAUUCUUUAUAUUGAACUUUUAGUUUAAUGGUCACGAUUUCUAUGUCCAGCUGUUAUUUAUAAAGUGAAAAUGUCUUUGUGCCCUCUGUAAACGUGGGAAAUUUGAAUGAAAGCAAUGAUGUUCAUAGACAAAA